UUUUUUUUUUUUUUUUUUUUUUUUUUUUUUUUUUUUACGGACAUGAAUAAUUAGAGAAGCAGUGUUCAUACACUACCACUACAGUCCCUUGCAUUAUCCACUCAACUGCUAUAGUACCAUGCCUGGGUCACCCUCUUCCCUAGGGAGGCGGCAGGCGGGUAGUGUGGACUGCUGGCGCCUCCACACACCAGCUGGCCGACCCCCGCGACCACUUCCUCACCAUCUGCCCUCCCUCCCUCCCCCCACCCUCCCUCAUUACGAUACUGUAUUGACUUCCGUGUAUCAUUCUACACUGUAAUUUUUCAUUUUGUACUGUACCACAACCAUGUGGCCCCGAGCCUGGGCUGGCCCUGAGCCACGCUGGUGUGUAGGUCAUGGUAGCGUCGUGGGACUCCUCCCCUUGUGUAUCCCGGCACUCAGACAUUUUCAGCUCAGAGACGCGCCUCAUGGCAACACCUUCCUCUUGAUGUAUGGAAAUUCACAGUACAUACAAAUGUCAAAGUUUAUCUUUUUUUUUUUUUUUUUUUUUUUGGCCUUUCCCCGCCUGGUACUGUUGUGUAGAGGGCACGGUUUGCUUUAGUACGGGUAUACCAUUGGGAGUCGUCUGUGAGCUGAAUUGCUUGGUUGACCUGCUGUCCUCUGGGGUAUGUUGACUAGCCUGGUAACUUAUCUCUAGCCUAAACCAACACCAGUAGUAGUGCUGCGACUUGAGACAGUAACCUUUUCAUCACCUCUCCUGUUGAAUGUGCUGCUGCUGCUGCUGCCACCACCUCCCUCGACUUCCAUCAUGAUACACACACAGCAUAGAGCCUUAUCUCAACUCCAUCGUUGCUAGCCAAGCACUAUCUAUCCAACUUAGAAACUUCACUUUUUUACAUAUUAUUUGUAGCAUUGUCUCAUUACUUCUGUUUUGUACUUAAUGGAGUGUUUUAAAAGACAUCAGUUUCGAGUCUAGUCAUACCAGAUGUGAUGCUUACAGUCCUUUGUUUAUAUCUUUGUUUUUUUACAUACUCGCCUAGUACUACUUGAUUAGUCUUGUCCUAGAUGACUUACUGGAUGUCACGUAGAAUUAACUGUUUGUUUGACCCGCCCGCCGGCACCCCAGUCAGCCUCACCAGCCUGUAGUCCUGUAGAGGAUUUUGUUUUUCAAAGGCUUGUUUUGCUUCCAAUCCCGCCGGGAAACAGUCCGCCGGUCUCGGCGACACCACACGUCUCUGGACUGUUCGGUGUCGCCGCCACCAGCCGGGCCGCUCUGGCUUGUCUUCACGCCCGCCCUCGACUCCCCUCAACCGGAAGCAGUCAUGCUGGUCCCUCGCGGCCCCCCCGGCCCCGGCGGCCCCGGCGGCCCCGUCGGCACUUGUCCCCGCCCGCGGAUGGCGGUCAGAAGCGAAGAUCACUCUGUUCUACGUAGUUUCCAAAUGCAUUAAUCUUUUCAUUUACUACUUCAGCCAGCUUCUGGGGAUUUCCCAAUUCAUGAUAAAGUACAUUUUUCUACUUUUAUAAAAGUAUGUAAAUUGAGAGUUUUAGAAGACUUAACAUAUGCCCUUAAUAUACAUUUAAGUCCCUCAUAUUCACUGAUUAGCGCCGUGGUAGGCCUUGGACGGGCGGUGGGCGCGGGGCAGCUUGGUGGCCGCGGCGGCGGGCGGGCGCGAUGACAUGUUUCAUAGAUAGUGCACUGGUUACCAAUGAUAGGCGGGGCCCUCAACCCCACGGCCCCGCCACCCACACUACUCUACUCGCGGACCAAAAGAAAAAUCAGGAAGCAAUAAAGUGUUCUUAUUUUCAUGAACAGAAUCAAUAAAGGCAUAUUGAGGGAACUUGACAGUAUUUUUUUUCUUUACUUUAUCAAACCCCCAUUUUUUUUUUUAAGUGCAUACACUGCCACUACAGCAGACGAACGCGUUUACACACACACACACACACACACACACACAUGCACGUGCACGUGCACUACGUAAAUACCUAACACCAAUACCAGGGUAGCCAAAGCCUCAGAGGACAACAGGUGCAGACGAAAGGUACGAAAAGGAAAAGAAAUAAAAAGUCGCACAUUAAUUUUGCUCUCCCUUCCCCUGGCCAUCACGCGCCCCGUGUGUGGCAGGGGCGUGAACUCACCAGUUGGGUGCACUUUAUCCCACAUUGCUAGGAGAGUGACCUACACACCAGUGAGAGGGCCGACUCGAGCACACGGCGGCAGCAGCAGCAGCAGCAAGUGUAGGUGUGGUGGUGGUGGUGGUGGUGGAUGCGAUGAUGGAUUGGGCCACAGUUUUGAUAAGUUUUUGGUAAUGGAAACUACCUUGUAGGGUGGACAUCACAGCAUGACUAAUAGAUCUUGGUGUUUCUAGAGAGACAAAUGACUAGUGUUAACGGGAGUGUCGCGGUGGGUGUGUCCGGGUGGAGACAAAAGGGACGCGCCCCAGCGAUGAUAGGUAGUGGCGUCGGUGUUUAGAGGCGCGCAGGACUUAAUGUCAGUUAAGUAAGGGCAUGUUGGUCACAGUAGUUUAUAAGGCGAAGAGGAUUGAUGCAUUUGCAGUUAAGUUAUUGAAAGCGGCAGCUGUUGUCAGAACAACACUCCCUCCCAUCCCAUCCCAUCUCCCUCAUAUCGGUAGCUACAGGCUAGCUAGGUAGAGAUCAGGAAGAAAAAAAAAGAGGACGUGGUAGUUCAUAGGCUGUAGGUAAGCCGCCAGAAAUAAUAAUAAUAUAUGUGUGUGUGUGUGUGAUGUCUAGUUUUUUGACAUGUAAAAUGCUGUUUGCUGGACAUAAUUCUUGGUAUGUUUUAUUUUUUUGCUCUCUAUGAAUUAGGCUGAAUUUGUGCCAUAGACAGCGUUAGAAACUUGAGGGCCGGCGGUGCAGCCUCCAAGAAGGACCAAAUAUACUAGUUAAUUCGGUAUACAAGAAGUCCCCGGAUUGCGUUCACGUUUAUAUGACAGUUCCACGUUAAUUGUUUUUUCCACUCACCCGCAAAUUGUACCAACUAUCCUCUGCUACAUGACGUUUAACCCUACCGUAGAAUUUUUUAGGUACUUAACUAGAGAUAUUUUUCUCGAACGCAAGAGGUAGAGAACGAGAGAGAACAGAAAACGCAACUCGGGGACUUAGUUUACAGACUUAGAUGAAGGGUGAGUGUCGGUACGUCGUCGUGUUAGCAUUGUAGGAGUCGAGCGGUUCUAAGGCAUCAGUUGAUCACCGCCGCGGUCAGACAAACUAAACAUUAUAAGAAAUCAGCUGAUCUCUCCCUCCUGAGUCUUCCUAAAUAGCGGGGUUAAUCCUACUACGGUGUUUAUAUACGGUACUGAAACCCUCUGUAAGCCUCUUCCUCCUCUUGAGUCAGCCUCAUCCUCCGACUUAUCUCUCCGUACAACUUUCUGCUUUCCGCCACAAUUGGCCUCCACACACAACCUCAGACGCGGUUCAGUUUCAGUCGUCGCCCUCAAGAAGUCACAACACAUUAUAAGUGCCAAAAGUGACCAGUUGAUUUAUCUAUCUGUCUAUUCGUCUUAUCAGCCAGUCUGUCUGUCUAUGCUGUCAUCGCACGUCAGUGCAAGUUUUUUCGAAGUAUGUACGGAAUUAUUUUUGACGCUCGGCGCGAUAUUAAGAAUGGCUGCUUAUCUUUAUCAUUGUCGGUCAAGAUGGAAUUUGCAUCUACUUACUAAUACUAACUGGUCAUUUCGAUCUUUUGUUUUUUACUCCAUGUUUGUUGGAUGGAGGCGAGUCACUUCUUUAUGUGCGUGCGUGUGUGUGUGCUUUUGUUUUUUCAUCUCCCUCUCAUUCGCAUUGUCAGAAUUGCAUGCAUGGCGGUUCUUAUUAUACACAAUAUACAUCUAUCUGGCAGGCUUUAUUUCGGUCACUUGAUAUAUCCGCGUGCCUGCGUCGCGUCGUAGCGUUAUUAUUGCGUCAACACACACACAAAGGACGCGCGGGGAGGCAGCAGCAGACAGGAGGAGCAGCAGCCGGUGGACGCUGUCUCUCUUAUCUUUAGAAAUGACGAAAUCCUUGAUCGCUGUACCGCUAUGAAUCAUUUGCUGGCGAUUCAGAAACAAUGGACCAGAUUAUUAAACAGGUUUUCUUUCCACUCCAAAGCCUUAAAGAAAUUCACUCGUAUGAGAAAUUGUAUCAAGAGGUACUCAUAUUGUUGAUUUAUAUGAAGAGGUCCUUCACGAAAUGGGGCGUUUAAUAGUCCGGGCCUUUACUUCUUUCUCUUUUUCCUCUUCCUCCUUCCUCUGUCCCUCUUCCUCCAGCAAUAUAAGGGUAUGUUAUUUUAAAAAGGAAGGAUAUAUUUUUGUUUUAAUAUAUUUUUGCAUCAGGAAAAGCGUUGUUCCCUUCUCUUCCCUUCCAUUUCCUCUAGCUUUCCCUUCCUCCCUGCGCACUCCACACUCCACACCAAGUCCGGCAAUCAAGGUUUUCCCGCCUCAGUUCUCGGCUGCAGAGAGACAAUGUUCGUACAAAUAAUGUCCUUUACCUUAAGUGACGCCAAUAACGCCACCACACCACAACAAAAUAUAUAUAAAAUACUAAAAAAAAAAAAUAAGUAAAGGUUAAUGCUGCGGAAAUAGAAAUGAAGAUAAGGGAAAAAAAAGUUAAAAAAAGAAUCCAGUACUUCAUUCAGAUAGGUUGAUGACUGUUGAAUUAGCUUGUAUACAGGAUUUCCAUGCCGUGAAGCAAUAAGUGUCUAAACCCUCUAUUUUUGUACAUAAGACUGUGAACAUUAAUGAUAUAUAUCUAUAUAUAAAAAGUCAGUAAUAAAGGUGACAUAUUUUCCAAUGCCCACAGUGUAUCUAUUAUUUAUAUAUAUAUAGGAGCAUCUUUAUUCUUAUUAUCUCUGUCUCUCCACGUGUAUGGCGGAGAGACGCAUACUUGGCGGUAAUUCUAUUUCUUAUUCUCCCUUUUUUCAAAGAGGAAAACACUUAUAUAUUGGUAAUUAGCUGCAGAAGGAGUAUAUAAAUUCUCAAGGUAAUAUGUUUUGCUUUACAAUGUAACUUUUGGUUUCUAGACACCUUUCCCCCUCCCACCCCCCUUCGCUUUUGUGUUCUGGCAUUGGACCCUUCUCCUGUGGUUUGCUAUUUUUAAUUAUUAUUAUUAUUAUUAUUAUUAUUAUUAUUAUUAUUAUUAUUAUUAUUAUUAUUAUUAUUAUUAUUAUUCUCAUUAUCAUCGUGUGCCCAAGUUGCCCUGAAGCUUUGGGUGACGUGUUUUCUUGUAUGUACUUCACUGUGUUGUAGACUAGUGGUAUCUAUAUUGUAUACCGAUCAAGGCUGUAGUGAGGUAGAGAGUGGGAGGACUUGGUGCACGUGACGUCAGCCCUCCCUGCCGCCGCUGCCCCGGGUUACCACUGCUACACGGCAGGGGCUGACCAGGGAGGCGCGGUGACGUCACAUGCGGCGGCCGAGAAAACCUUAUCCUACGGCCCGCCCCUAGUGACGUCCCCUUGGCGUCACAUGCCUCGAGUGACGUCAGCACAGCGUCACACUGCUCCCCUUGCAGCCAGGCCGGCCAUGCAUGUCAAAACUUCCCUCAGUCGUGAACUAGGGGGGUCCAUUAUCUUUUUCUCGCUGUGGUAAUGUAUUGAAUGUGCUAGAGUGUCUCUUACCAUUUAUUUAUUUUAUUAUUUUUGGGAUUUAUUUGUAAUACCUUAAUGAAGUAGAACUUUCACAUGGUAACAACAAUGACAUUUUGUUUGGUGUCAGCCGGGCAGCGUCUUGGCCGGUCCGGGGGCGCCGCCCGGCGCUGCCGCCGCCGGCCAGACGCCGCCGCGGCGGGACAAGACCACAGUUGUGUCGUCGGUGGAAGAUCUGCUUGAGAAACACAAAUGAACAUGAGAAACACUGGACUGACUUGUGUUACGCCGGGAAGAUAAACACAACCCUUACACCGACACACACACACACACCGAUAUAAACACAAGGCUGUAGGGCUGAUCUGUCAGCGGGUCAACCCUACGAGGGAGAACCUCUGCCCUGCCGCUGUCGGUCUCGCCGCCACCACCACCGCUGUCACUAACACCACCAGCCCCCUUGGAGCGGUUGCUUGCUUCAUCCCAGUAGCCUAAGCGGAACCAGUAGAGAAAACCCCGAUCCCUCCAUGGCCCUGUGUGCCCAAUCUUCCAACGGCGCCGCGCUGCCUUGCUCGGCGCAGGGGCGUAUUUGAGGUGGUGGUGGCGGCGGUUACGACAGUGGAGGAGUGUGUGAGAGACAACUUAGAGUGGUACUGUAGGUACAGCUGUACUGUAGUCGUGUCUGAGCUGUAGGUUUGGUAUUGUAGCCGACCUAGCAUCAUCAUAGUGCUCGCCCGACGCCUCUGUACAGGACCUUAGCCAGCCCGCCGCUCGCUGCGCCCCACCGUGCCCCGCCAGGUGGCAGCCGCCGUGGCACCGCCUGCAGGCCUCUAGUUACCAGUAGUGACGACAGUACUUAGUCGACUAAAUUAUUCACAGCAUCAGGCUGCAUAGGAGGCGCUGCGGCUGCCGCGGCGGGCCUGCUUGGUCAACCUUAAGUGUCCAAACACAAUAUUUAUUAUUUUUUUCAAAAUUGAAUUGCCUUGAGUUGCAGGCGGGGCGACAGCGUGUCGGCGGCUGGACCUGAGCAUUGCACAGUGUAGUUUGUACAUCUAGUAAUAAAAUGUCUAUGGUAGAGAGUAACUGCUUGUCUUUUUACAUUUUAUCUAUUUUUUAGCCUGUGUAGCUCUCCUGGCUUUGGGAUCUGGCUAACGGUGUACCUCUACAAACGCCGAACAGUUGACUACCUUCAUCCAAUUAACGAGAGGUUCAACUAAUAUCCCGGAUGACAGUGCAAGUAAGAGUAACAGUGGAUGAUAGCAACCUAAUCAGUAAUAACGAAGUAUAACGCCUUAGUAACGUAGAUCUCAGGUCGCAAUCUAACACCUAACGUAGUCGACCUUCCACUGUUGACUGAGCCCCUUGGUGACGUUCUCCCCUCCCCCGGUAGUGUUGGUCCCCCCCCUCCCUCCCUCGACUCACCAGUACCGUCUGCAUGUCUCCGCCACGUGUGGGAGCCUCCUGACUCCUGCGACCUCUUAACGCUUGCAGUAGUGUGAAGAGUACCCGAAGGUGCCUCGGCAGGUGGAUACAACACUGUAGCCACACACUAGGUUACUGCAGCUACACAUUAAGGUUCUCUUCCCUAAGCCAUGCCUUCACUCCUCAGAGCUCUAAUGUUGGUAUCUAUGGCAUUUUAACAGUACAAAUUAUAACAGUGUAGACUGUAAUGUACAAAAGUAAUCUAGUAAAUAUAAGUAGAAUUUAUAUGUAGUUUGAUCACGGCGUGGUGAAAUGGAAGUAUUCUACAGUUACUCAACAUUUAGCUGUACGUUACACUAGUUAACCAGAGACUAAGUAACAACACCUCAAAUUAACAUCUUGCGGUCACCUCGUGACCCUGUUCAUGGCACCGCGCCAGGUGGUACCAGGCACACCUCAAGCGCCAGGCGGCGGUCAGUGCCGGGCUAAUAUCACUGCGUUAAGACCACCUCGGGGCAUCCUGUGCCCGCUGGCCCGUUCCGCGGCCACUUGCGAGGCUGUUUAUACUGCAAAAGUUGGUACCGCGUCGAGCUCCCCUCCAUAACGUUAAGUGCACCAAGACGAAGAAGUCUGCACCUUGGUACAGAAAUUGUGUGACUUCUCUCGGAUAAAUUUAACCGAUGAACACACACACACACACACACACACACACACACACACACACACACACACACACACACACACACACACACACACACACGUGUGGAGGUGUGUGCGAGAGAAGCUGGCCCGCGGGGCAUGACAGGGAUCCAGUGGUCUGUGAGAGGCAGCCCGAGCUUACUCAGACCCCAACACCCAGCCCAUGCUACAUUUGCAUUUCAAUUAAGACACUGGAGGAGGAGGAGGAGGCUGCCUUAUUUACAUAAAACAAAGGUAAUGGAAUACACCGUUUUGGGAAGAGUUAUUUUCUUAUCAGAAUGCAAAAAAAAAAAAGCUAUGAAACGUCUCAAGUAUUUAUGCAUACACUCCGUACAAUAACUUAAGAAUACACCAGGCAAGCUAAGUGUUGUGCUGGGGAUUUCAGUCUGGCGUGGAGAAGAAUGAAAAGAAAAAAAAAAAAUAGAACGAGCCAAGCGUGAUCGGCGUGUCUCGGUAGUGGGUAGUCCUGACGUGACCCACCACGGUGCGCUGGGGGUGAGCGUGCCGUGACGGGCGUGUGGGCGUGUGUCGCGUGGACUGUGUUGAUUGACUCUGUAGGGUCCUGUGUCGUCGUACUAGUUUAGUUGACCCUUUAGUCUAGUGUGGCAUAGAGGGCUUGGCUUAGAUGCUUCCCAUGGCCUGUGUGUGCGCCCUGAGUGAUGCCCGGCCCUCAGGCAUCCUCACGUAGUAGAGCUUCCUGUGUUGGGGGUUGAGUUCCGUCACCUGUCUUCUGAAAGCUUUGCCAUUUAUGUGUCUUAAUGUUUUUGGUGUAGUUCCUCCCUCCCCCCUUAUAAACUAGUGUGCUAUUUUUUCAGACGAUAUCCGUGUUUUGAUUAUGAAGACUAUAUUGAUUUAUAUUCGUUCAUGAAAGGCAACUCCCGAGUGCCCGCCCUGUCGUGGGUGUAAUAUUGUUCAGAGACAGAAAAUGGAAAGAAAGAGGGAGAAAGGUAUAGAGAAAAGUAGAAAUAUAACAUUCUCUUCAUGUACUGUACACGAAUUGAAACCGCUAAAUAAAACGAGAAAUAAAAAAAAAUAAAAAAUAACAUAUGUGACUGGCGAUAAGAAGUUACAAGGAGCUGGGACGAGACGAGAAGGUUAACACAGGUAAGGUAACCAACAAACAGCCGCCACCUUCACCACCACCACCACCACCACACACCUGGAACAACAAUCAAUGGUAGAGUGAUAUACAGGUAAGUCCGGCCCAUAGGUAAGUGGUAUUGGUAUGGAAGUAAUGCUAUUAAUUAUUCACCUAUUUGGAACAGGGGGGAAGGGAUAGGAAGCGGGGUGUAUUUGAGUGUGUGAGUGGGUGGUGAGGGAGCCGCCACCCCAGUCCACCUCACUGCCUCUCCCCACCGUGUCUGCUGCCAGAAAAUCCUCCGUCGCUAUGACCAUACUGCUGAUGAACUGAUGAAAAUAAAGGAACAGAUAGUGAUGUGCCCUGCUUUGAUUGUCCUUGGCAUUGUAGCGUUUGUUAUUAGUGUUAGUGUCAUCAUCAUCGUCAUUGUUCAUUUAUUUGUUAUUAUUACUACUACUGCUGUUAUACUACUAUUACUUCUACCAUUACAACAACAACGGCUACUCCUAUAACAACAAAACUACAAAUACUAUUACUACGACUACUACUACUACUACUACUACUGUCAUCAUUAUUAUCACCACCAUCAUUUUAUCAAUAGUUUACUGGUAUAUGACAUAACCUACAUGGCCGUGAGCAUGUACCUAUCAGCGCUGCUCUGCUCUUCAUUUGUGAGUUAAUGGGUUUGGACGGCCAGGACAAGAGGGGCUGGUGGCUGGCCGCGGGGAGCCGCCAACACACACACAGCGGUGAGUAUUUUUUCCCGCAAACACUUCCCAAAUCCCUGUCCCAUUUUCUCCUUCCAUCAUGCGUCGCCACACACAUUCGGCCCUCGAGAUAAAAGGCAGUUCAGAGAGAGAGAGAGAGAGAGAGCAAACGGGCGAGGGACAGGCCUGCCAAUUUGACAAUGUCCACCAGCAAUAUUUGUCAUGUAUAUCGUCGGUCAACAUUGUCAACCACCCAGUCCUCUGAAGCGACCCGCCUUCCAUCCCGUCCAUGCUACCAGGCCUACCACCCACCCUGCCAGUCUGCUUCCCUCCCGCCGCUCUCCUACUGCCCGAGGCAAUACAUUUAAUCGGUAUUUAGCGAGGUGCAGCCGGCGGCCCGUCAACACAGCGGCCAUUACCAUUACCAUGCAGGGGGUAGGAGGUCGUGACGCGCGCGGAGGAGAGGGGACGGCCUUUGCUGAGGGACAAGGAAGGAGAGGGUAUAUCGCGGCUCGUGUUUGAGUGGGUUCUUGCUGUCAGGGUGAAUAUUGGUGUUCUAGCUAGGCAGGAGUUAUAUUUCCUCAUGUUUCUGCCCAAUAAUAGUUUUUAUAUUGUAUCCAAGUUUAAAGUUUCAGGAAGGAUAAGGAAAAUACGAGGUGAAUGGAUAGCGCAACCUUCGUUUCUGCUCGCACUGGUCAGGUGAUUGUUCAUCCGAAUGCGUUGUCCUGACUUAAGAACAAAUUUUCAAUUUAACUCAUUUGCAUCUACAAAUUACUUAUGCAAAAGAUUCUCCCUUAUUCGGUGUAUUUUUUUGCAGUAAUCUUGAAUAGCUUUUGGAUAUUUCUGGAACGGAUAAAUGGAGACUUGGAAAUAAUCCGCAAGAGAAAAUGGGAUUCAAAGGCGGUGGCAGUGUUAUGUUGAGUCUGUGUGUGGGUGUGCGUGGCGGUGUGGUGAUUAAUUGUGGUUUUCUGGAUUACCGAAGGGAGCUUGACCAUCACAGCGGCGUCAGCAACAAACAAAUCCUCCUCCUCCUCCUCCUCCUCCUCCUCCUCCUCGCGCUGUUUGAGGAUGAGGGAUCGAUGACUAUUGCCCCGUGAUGAAUGGCGCGGUGGAUGGCAGCGCGGCAGAUGGACCCACUCACACACAGGACAGACUCACAAGUGGCUUCCUCCAGCAUCGUAACUCCUUCAUCAUCUGCCAGAGUUGCUCCACCACCACCACCACCACCACCACAUGCUGCCAGGGUCCCCACAGCCACCAUCUCUGCCACCACGACCACCACAAAGUCACCACAGCCAGUAUCGCUUCACCACCACCAUCACACCACCCUCAUCGGUACCACCAUCACCAUCACCACCACCAUGAAAAAACUGGUUUAUAUGAGAAUGAACGAAGCUUCCUCAAAGGUUCGAGCUACUGAUGAAAAGGCUGCGAGCGGAGGCAGUAGCAGUAGGGACAGCAAUGGAAGAAGAAUACUGAGGCUGUGUAUUCAAGAGGCUGAUGAGAUGAGAGCAACAGCAACAGUGGCAGAGUGAGGAGUAAAGACAGCAGAGGAUAAGGAUGGAGGUAGGUGGUGGAUGCGUGAAGAAAAUGUGAUACCAAAUAGAGCAAUAAUUUCCGAGGUGGUGAUGAAAAGGAAGAAUGGAAUAGAUAAUAACUUUACCUUCUGUGGAUAUCACUCUAGUAUUUGCAUUCAGUACCUCACAUUGUUUUGAUUGUUUUGAUAUCUAGUGAGCAGGCAAGGUCAUCAUUAUAACAUUCCUAUCACAGAUCAUCUUGUAGUUUGGAGGUAUUUCUCAUUGUUUGUGAGUCCUGAAGUGUAUCGGAAUGCAGGGAGGUUUCUUUAAGAUGUGGAUGAAAGACAUGUUGUAACAAGAACAGUGGGGGAAAGGAAUGAGGAAGAGAGAGAAUCCUGGAAUGACACAAAUGAGUGUUUGCUGUCUUGGAGCAAUUAUAAAUGUAGAUGGAUUUAUGUUGAGAGAAUUGGUGAUUGGAAAUAUUUUGUUUAGGAAGAAGAAUAUUUAUAAGUAUACUUGGAUGAAACAAAGGGAAUGGUGUGAAAACUUUGUUGAUAGUAAUGACUGAUUAAGUGAUUUGUCUAGAAAUGUAAUAGAAAGACUGUUGGAUGCGAGAGUUGAAAGAUGAGGGAAGAGCAGAGGAGGUAAUAGGAGGGUGUAAGCAGACUUCUCAGGAUCAGUAAUCAGGAUAAACAAUAAAGAACGGGUUCAAUCUUGAAAAAUUCAUGUUCAAGAAAGAGAGAGGAAAGAAUUGAUUCUUAAAUAGAGUGGUAAAUGAAUGGAACGGAUUCAGUAAUCAGGUUGUUAAUGUUGAGUCAUUAGGUAACUUUUAAAAGAUUAGACAAAUUUAUGAUAGGGAUGAUAAGUGGAAAUAGAUUGGUAUGUUUCAUAUUAGGGCCCACAGAGAAGCGACGUGUAGGCCUUGUGGCUUCUUGCAGCUUAUCUUAUUUUCUUAUGUUUAUUAUGUUUCUUAUGAAGCAAGAUGGAUUGGUUAUGGCAGGGAAGUGUUGAAAGUGGAUGAGGCUGGUAGAAAAUGGCAAGUUAUAAAGUAAGAGUAGUUAUUGAGUAAUUUUAAAGUUGGUACAAGCAAUGUUACUUUGCACCACGUGUUGUAGCACAGUCGGCUCACACUGGAGAAACCCAGGUUUUGAAUCCUGAACCAGGUCUUUCAUGUCAUAGAAAAAAGACUUAGAAUAUUACUCUCUUGUAUGUAUAUUCUGUGUGGUAGUAUAUAUGUUUACCUCCCCGUGAGGCGGGGUUUACCCAAAGUAAUAAACCAACGUGUAAUAAAAUGCAGAAGAGAUAGAAAAAUAUAAUUUCUCACGUAUCCACUUUAUUUGAUAAAAUAUUUUAAUGCUUGAAUCAGAGAAAG